AUGGCCUCGCAAACUCAAGGAAUUCAACAGCUUCUUGCUGCUGAGAAGAGAGCAGCAGAAAAGAUCAACGAGGCCAGAAAGAGAAAAUUCCAGCGUAUGAAGCAGGCUAAGCAGGAAGCUCAGGCUGAAGUGGAGAAAUACCGUCAGGAGCGAGAACGUGAAUUCAAGGAGUAUGAACAGACGUACCUUGGAACCAAGGAGGACACUGAAAUAAAAAUCCGACGUGAUACUGAGAACGAAAUUGAGGCCAUGAAGAGAAAUGUAGCCGCAAAUAAACAGCAGGUUAUUGUACGUCUACUGCAAUUGGUCUGCGAUAUCAAACCGGAACUGCAUCAUAAUCUUAUUCUUCAGAAGAAGCUCCACGGCCAAUUCUCUUAA